AUGUGGUUGGCGAUUGGCCGUGUAAGGAAUGAACUGAGGUCGGAUUUGCGGUCUCUCCUGGAGGGUGAAGAAGAAGGGGUCCAGAACGAGAGGAAAAGCGAGACGGACGUCGAGCUAAAAAGGAUCGGAGAGAGCCAGACGACACUAGGAUCUUGGGCUGCAGAACAGGUCGAGGCCGGGUUGUGUACUAUCGACCUGCUCGGCGAAGCCAAGUCCUCCCCAGGCACCAAGGGAAGGGGUGUGGUUGCAGACCGUACCCGCUGCAAGUCAGGAACGCGCGGGUGUAGCUAUGCCCUGCUGACCAAUGAAGAUUCGUGCCCUGAGCGCCACGGGGCAAAUGCCCCUGCCGGAAAGAAAUGGUGCACCCCGAGGGGCGUUGAUGUAUCCCGCCACAGGUUGCCAAAGUUUGCACUGCCAACGGCAAGACAUGAUCACCAGGCUGACGGUAUCAUGUCUUGCAGCCCCCUGACAACGUUCAUCGACAGCGUCUAUCGGGAAACCACCCUCCAAGCCAACAUGGCGAUGAUCAUGUCCAUGCCGAAGGUUGUCGCUGAUGAGGAUGGUGGUCGAGUCCAGCGUUGA